AUGGCACCGGUCCUAUAUCAAUGCACGGUUUGUUUAAAUCAUUAUAAAAUAAAACCGGACGGUAAACUAUAUCGACAUGGAGGCAAAGUGAAGGGCCAGGAAUGCCCUGGUUCGUUCAAGGCAGCCGACCAGCCUCCGGCUGGUUCAUCUGCUUCCGCGCGACCGCCGCUUACCGCUGCACCUGUCAUCAACCCUCAUGUUGCUACACGCGGUUCUUCGGCGUCGGUCUCGGAGAGUCCCUCCCAAGUGGAUUUUUUUCAUGUUUUUGACAGGCUAACGGUCGUUUUGAGGACUGCCCAUCUGUAUGAUCACGUUCCCAAACCAUGCAGAGACAAGGUAUCUAAAGCAUUGUCGGCUUUAUUGACGGCCGUUUGCGAUGAUCCCUGCGACGCGGCCCAUUGGUGCAAGCUCCAAUGUUUUUUCGCAUUUGUUUUGUUCAAGCCAACCAGGGGCGGUCGCAGGACUAAUCAAGCCAAUUACGUUAUUAAACGGUUGGCCGAAUUCAGUUCGACCGAGGUCGAGUUUAUUGUGGCAAGCUUCAACACUGACCACAACACCAAACCGCGUAAGCACAAUCCAAACAGUUGGAUUAGUGCAGUAACCACUUGGAUUGAACAGGGCAGUCUCUCGGCGGCCGUCAGACUUGCUUGUUCGCCCGCAGGCCUGGCGGAGAGCUCGCCUGAGACACUCGCUAAACUCAAAGCUAUUCAUCCCAGUGCUCCAUUGAACAGGCGAGCUUUCCCCGCGCAGGAGCCGACCAAUGGUCGCGUUUCACCAGCCCAGGUGUUGACGGCUUUAAAGUCGUUUAAUAAUGGUUCAUCGGGAGGCCUUGAUGGCUUGAGGCCUCAGCACAUAAAGGAUUUAUGUGCUGAGGCCUCUAGUGCCGGAUUUAUAUUUGCCCUCGAACGUGUCUCUCUUCUCCCGGUCCACGACGCGCUGACAAUCAUCCGCGGCGCCCUCAGUUUGCCGAAAUUGAUGUAUUUUUUGCGCACAUCCAACUUUGUUAAUGCGGCCAUUUUGGGCGAAUUUGAGGGUGCUCUGCGGGUGGCCCUCUCAGCAAUAUGUAACGAACCGUCGGGCAUUGCGGCGCACGACGGUAAGCGCCCUGACGGGUGUACCUUGAUCCCUUGGAGAGCCGCCAGGUGCUUGGCGUGGGACGUUACCGCUCCGGGCACCUUUGCUGAGCGCUACGUGCAGCUUACUAGCAAAGAAAGCGGUUUGGCUGCAACCAGGGCAUCUGACGAGAAGAUCAAAAAGUACGACGGAGCUCUCCCCUCGAUGGAGUUUUUACCGAUUUGUAUCGAGGUCCUCGGCCCCAUGGACCGUAACACCUCCGGGUUUUUCAAUCGGAUUUGUAAAAAUAUCAGUAUUAGGUCAGGCGAUAGUAGGGAAUAUUUUUUUGCUAUGAAUAAUAUCUCGUGCAUUCUGCAGCGGUUUUUGCGCGUCUGUGUGUUGGAAAAUGUGGAGUUGAAUGCCGACGGGGUUGAGUGA